AUGGCGAGGAAGCCCGCGCUGGAAGAAAUGGCCGGGAUUCUGGAGCUCCCCGUGGUCGAUUUCUCGUCACUGGACCGCGCGUCGACUGCGAAGCUGAUACGCCAGGCGAAUUUUUAACCCCUUGAACCCUGGAUUUCGGAGGAUUGUUCGCUAUGGCGUUAGAUUUCUCCUGAAAUUAUCUCCCGUAAAGCUGGGGUUUGUAUGUGUGUGAUGGCAGGCUUGCUUAGAGUAUGGUUUCUUCUACCUCGUUAACCACGGAAUCGAGGAAGGGCUCCUUGGAAGGGUUUUCGAGGGGAGCAAGAAUCUAUUCUCUUUACCUCUAGACGAGAAGAUGAAAAUGCAACGUAACGAGGGUCACAGAGGUUAUACCCCUCCUUUCGCGGAGAAACUGGACCCAUCCCUGCCGUCCAAAGGUUCUUAGUGGCUGAAUUUUUAAUUUUUCUUUUUAGCUUAUAUCCACAUAUUUAACAACUUUCUUGUGUUGUGCGCAUUGCACUAGCUAGUGAUCGAUUGCCUUUCCACCCGAGAUUCCUUGCCACGAUCCAUCCUAGGCCUCCUACUUCGUCCGUAACUCGAAUCAAUCUGACCUGUCUCGCUGUUACUUGCUAAGCUCUUACAAGCUAUAUUCCGCCUGAUUCGGCUGCUAUGUUCCACUGCAGACCAUAAUUCUGGGAACAUGUUUAUCUCUCGGAUUUCAGAAUAAUGUAUGGAACUUCACAUAUUAUCCGGCAUGCAAUGUGGCUUAGCCCAAUCUUCUAGUAGAAAUUGUUUUCCACAAGUUUCGACUGGAUAGAGACAAGAAAUAUGGAUCCUUACUGACAAGGGAAAUACUUCUGAUCGAUAUUAGCAUCAGAGCCACCAAAUGAAAGUUUCCAGCGAAUAAACUUAUGCGAUGGAUAUUGUAGAUAAAGCGCUAAACAAUAUAUAGUACUGAUAAACUAUAUUUCCAAUGAAUAGGCUUUUUUACUUAUGGGAAAGAGAAGGUAUUACGUGUGAAUACGUUGUAUACCACCAGUACUGAUGAAAAACAACUUGCGCAAGUUAUUCACUUAUCUUGAUCCCGUUCACCUCCACUGUGAAAAUAUUAGCUUGCUUGGCAGAGGCACUAGCAAGUGGGAGAGUUAGUUGCCAUCUAGGAAGAAGAGAAAAAUAAAAGAGAAAGGGUUGUCCUCUACCCUGUCUAGCAAGUGUCAGUGGUUGGUGUCAAGCAAUAAUAGAAAUGGCAUGCAGCAGGCAAUUAUAGAACUAUCAAUGGACUUAUCCUCUUUCUCUUAUUAUCUUUUUCUUCGUCAUUUUUCCUCUCUAUCUCUGUUUUCAACUUCUUCUUCCUCUUACGUUACUUGGUCAUUUUUUCCCUCUGAAAAAAAUAAAUUCUUCUUCUCUUCCUUCCUUUUUCUCUCCUAUAUCUCCUUUAAAUUUCUUCGCACUAUUAUGUAACUGCAUUUUAGGUGAACUUUACAUCAAGUUAGAAGGGAUCAAGUUGACUUACAUCAGUCCGAAUGGACUUAUACCAAUCUCUUGGCAGUUUAGCCACGAGAUUUGGAGUCUUCGCAAUCCUCAUAGGUCCUUAACAAGAGUAAUCAAUCCAAGAUCUUUUGGCCUCUUACAUCAAUUAUCUGAGACGGCAGACCUGGGAAUGAAGUAGCUGGUGGCAUGGCAGAAAAUAUAUGUAUUUUCCGCAUUGUCUACAGGCGUGAAGAGUUUCUUCUCAUUUUUAUUUUUUUUCCUCUUUCCAUCUCUGCGUAAUUCAGGUCCUUUGUCUUAUCUCUAGGAUGUAUCUUUCCACCUAACUCCCUUCCCUUCUCUCUACAAAGAGGAAUUCCUUCCCUAUAGGAUAAAUGACUGCAGUGGUGUAGAGAAGGUGGAUGGUGUUUCUGUGUGUUGCUUCACUAGUCUCUCAUUCAUGAAAACAUAAUGAGGCGUUCACCCUUGCACUAAUGAAGGAUCAUAUCUUCUGAAAAGGAGCUAGAUAAUUGCCAUCUCUAAGACCUGCCCCGUGAGUUUCACUUUUCCCUGACGGUAGAGGCCUCAAUGCUGGAAGUUCGUGGGCAUAAAAUAAUGUUUUUUAUUUUCCCUGGUACGACCCUAUUCCAUUUUUUAAGGUGCUUUCAAGGAUAUUUCAUGUAUUUAGUACUUCAAUUCUAUUGUUUCUGAACAAAUGUAUCAUUUUCUUGAUACUAUUCGGAGCAGUCGGCCAUACUGUCCCAGUACAAGUCAUGGUAGAGAUCAGUCAAUGAGAAAUCUUUUUUGGCGAAGAGAUCACAUUCAUGUUCCAUGUUACAUCCUUGAUACACAUUUUUCUGAUGAUUAGACCUCGUUUCAGGAGCUGAGUUUAAUUUCUUUGUUCUGUUCACAAACUGAAUUGCUUGAAAAAAUAGGUGAUCUGAAGGAAAGUUUCUAUAUCGGUCCCAUGGAAGGCAACGAGUUACAAUGGCUUUCAAAUCAAUGGCCUUCAGAAGGUAACCACGGUGUUUAGUACUCUAUGAUAAUAAUGGAUCACAUCUUCACAUUGAAAGCCUUUUCAACUGUUUUGACCUUUUGUGUCUCAAGGAUUCCUAUCUACGUUUUAACUUGGAUAUGGUCCCGAUAAACAUGUUUUGUCCUGUCAAUUAGGUCUGACAUUUUCUCAUGAUUUCAGUGCUUAUAUUAAUGGUUGAAACUUUUUACUUCCUCUUUUUUGAUAAAAUCCGUUAUACUCUCUUGCUAGAAAAUUGCAGAAAUCUUACCAUACUGGAGAGAAACAAUGGUGUUAUACUAUGAGAAAGCUCUGUAAGUGUAGGCAUUCCUUCCAUUGACGUUAAUGCUUCAUCUUUUUUCGUAACAGAAUUUAUCAUGAAUGAUAGCGCCAUGAUGUACAGGAAUUAAGUCGCCAAGGACGAGUUUCCCUUUCAUUCGAAUUCGUCACUUAUUUACAAGCUGCCAUCUUAUGAGCAAAGUUUUUCUUGAAUUUUCUCAUGGAUACUCAAAAUAUUGACGUUUUUCUUAAUGUCCUCAUGAUGUUUGUAUGUCUAAUAUUUAUUCUAUAUUCGUCUUAACAUGUAGAGAAACUGGUUCAUGUCUCAAUCUGUGCAUGAAUGUAGGAAGAAAAAUAUUGUGACGAGUGUCGAGAUCCGUCAGUUAUUGCAUUGAGAUGUUCAAAUUGAAUAUGGUUCUGAUGAUAAACUAGUGUGAUGCGGUUCCCUUAGUAUGACGUCUAUGAAAAUUUAUAUGGGCAUAUGUAAUCCAGACGAAAAACCCCUUUUAUCUAGAAACCCCCUUUAUGUUAUUUCUUUUAUGCUGGAUUUAUUAAGAAAGAAAAGUAUCUUGUUGUAGAAUUUAUGUUAUUAUAUUUGAUCCCACCCUAGUUUGAGAUUUUAUGAUCCCUUCUCAGGUCCGUGGGCAAAAUUCUGACGUCAUUGAUUGCUUUGGCAUUAGAUUUGGAAGAAUGUUUUUUCGAGAAAAUUGGUGCUCUGCAUAAACCCAUGGCUUUUCUGCGUCUGUUGCAUUACCCAGGUAUGAGUGCCCUUUAACAUAUGAAGCACCAUUACAAGUGUCACAAAUGAAUCCACGUUGACAUUGUAGUUCUCUUCGCCAGAUAUUUCCUUCAUAUGCUAUUCACUUCAAAGUAGAUCAAUAAUUGGUUAUUCACUGUCAUUAUACAUGUUUAUUGAAGCCUUAUCCACCUUCACAUAUCAAUCAUAUCUGUGAAUCUUUCGGUCUGAUUUAUGCCCAAAAAAAAUUUAUGAGUCGUCAGAAAAUGCAUUCUGCCGGACUUCUGCUAAUGGAUGAUGCCUGUUGUGAGAGGUAAGCUCACCGUUGACCUUAUAGCCGUAGCCGCCGUUGACACACUUCAGAUUAUAUAUACAACUUAAUGUCUUCAAAGAGCAUUGACAUUUAGGUGCAACUCAGACACCCAGCCCAGGCCCUUAAACUGCUGCAUUGACUUUCGUAAAUGACGACAUCCACAUGUAAUAACUCAUGAAUCUGGUUGACUUUCAGACAGUGCUUCUGGCUCCAUUGAUGGAGAAUUUGGGGCUUCUGCACAUACAGAUUACGGCAUAGUCACACUACUGGCAUGCGAUGGUGUUCCCGGUCUUCAGGUAGAUAACAGAGAGAUGCUGGGUGCUGAUCUAUUUCUUCUCCAAUAUGUUAUGUUUUCUUCUGCAAAUGAUUGCAGAUAUGUAGGGAGAAGGAUGAAUACCCGCGUGUAUGGGAGGAUGUACCUCACCUUGAUGGGUAAACACGUAAUAUCACCAUCUGAUUUGCGAGAUUUCAGUCUGGAGAAAGGGAUUUCUUCGUAAAUUACCAAGUCAUCUUCUACUCAUUUUGGAGACGAUCUUUAGCAGGGCCCUCGUCGUCAAUGUGGGGGAUUUGCUGGAGAGAUGGACAAAUUGCUUAUUCCGGUAAUGUUUCAUUUUUUUUCUAUUUAUUAUUUAAAAUUUCUGAAUGAUUCUGCUCUCCUUGCAGGUCAACAUUGCACAGGGUCCUGGCAACCGGGCUAGAACGCUAUUCUGUAAAUGUCCACCUGUUUCAUUGACUUCUAUACAUAUCGGGGGUGCGUUGACCAGAUGUCAUCAUCUUUGCCAUGAAACCCGCUUACAGAUUGCCUUCUUCCUGGAACCGAACUCUGAUUGCCUGGUGGAGUGCCUGGACAGCUGUCGCAGUGAGGCAUGCCCUCCAAGGUAAAAACUUAAUUAUCCUAAAAAUGAAGUUGACUUAUAAUUUCACGGUUGAUUAUUACUAUUAAUUUCCUAAGCUCAAGCAAUAAAUUAUUCUUUUCCAACCAAUGGAAGGUUCCCUCCUGUCCGAAGCAGUGACUACCUCAAGGAGCGGUUGAGGAUUACAUAUGCGUCAGAGGAACAUCAAGCAUAA